UACGUCUACGCUUGAAUGAUUCUAAACGAAAACAGAGAUCGUUGUUCAAAAGCUGAUUUUCAACAGACAAAGGCUUUUUUCCUACACGCAAAAAUUUAUUUACUUAUAUUUAUUCAUCUGUAUAAUCUUUUAGGAGCUCAGCGAAAACGGUGAUUGUCGAAUAUGCAAGUGGUAUUUCUCAAUUUUCAAAGCAUCUUCACAGCAUAAGCAAACACUAUUUACUUGGUAAUUAUGAAAAGAUAUAUGAUGCUGCUUAUGUCAAUAGUUGUGGUAUUAAAAUGUUUUUUUCCAUCGACAGGAGCAAGAGUUUCAAAACAUGGUCUCAACAAGAAGGUGGAAGUGGAAAGGGCGUCGAACCCAGUGAAAAAAGGAUUGAACAUAUUUCAUACGACAAACAACAUUCAAGAUCUCAUUCAGAAUCCAUCGGCAAUAGAUCGUGAGGAGUUAAAUGAAAUAAGUCGACUGGACAGUAUGAAUGACCUAAUUGUGAAUCCACAAAUUAAUGACGAGACGCAAAGCCUGGCACGACAGGGUCUGGAUCCAAGAAUUGCAAUGCAAAUCUCAAAAAUGGACCACAACCUGAACGAUAUUCUCGGUCCUAAGCGCCCAAGCUCACAAAAAAAUACGAACGCAGAACAAAAAGGUGACAUUUUUAAUGACUACGGCGAGGAAUACAACCCUGAUGGCAGUUUAAACAUGAAGAGCAGCGAUUGGCCUGAGUACCAAAUAAAAGACACUUACCCUUAUAGGAGCAUUCAUCAUGAGGGACUUGACUCCACGUUCCCAGGCAACAAUGAUGCCGGUCGUUUCCACAACGCGGGCGGAGAAAUAUCGCCCGAAAUCUCACAGGCCGCGCUUUAUUCGAACCCAAUUCCCGGUCAUAAAAAUUACCUUUCUCUCGGCAUGAACAUCGGCAUGGACAAACCCCAGGAUGCUUCGCAAAUGUCACGAUUUGUCGAAGAUGUGACGAGCGGAAAAUCGAUGGACAAAAAUUUGUUGAGUCCUGCGUUUGGAAAGCCCGUGGCGAAAGGUGCGGGAUUUCGAAUUCCAGGGGAGUUUAGCUUCAAGGGAGAUCAGAAGCCGUUGCCAGAUAAACAGCAGGAGGCGAACUUCAUCAAGAAUUUUAUGAGCUCAAGAAAAAACAAAAUCCAACGGAAAAAGACACAAUAGAGAGCUCAAAGAAGAAAAGCAAAAGAUAAGUGGACGCAAAACAAAGAAUGGUCUUUUUCAUUAUUUAUACCAUUGCUCCUGGGAUCAAAGCUCCUGUGAACGACGUUGCAGGAGUCCUAUUUAUUGUAGAUUAACAUGAGCCAAUUGACAUGAACGUAUUCCCCAUCACCGUAGAGCAGUUUGCUGUUCGUUGUCUUGGAAAAAGGGUUUACUUUAUUUCACAUUUUGUAAACGGUCACUGCAUGGUAAACGAUUUAAUGAUGAAAGAAAAUAAAUGUAAAGAAUAAAA